AUAUAUACACCGUAAAGUUGUCUUUCUCUUUCAAUAGCCUUCUAUUUUCGUUUACAAUUCUGUGUGUUUUCUAAUGUUUUUAUAUAGCCUACAUACAGCUCAGACGUGUACGCUGACAGCGUUUUUUGCAAACUUUAAAAAUGUAUUGAGGAUAAACGCACUGUAAAAAAGACGUCUGUGGUUUCAAGUUCAGCCUUUCCAGCUGUAAUUUCGAAAGACUGUAGGAACUCUUCAUGCUCCUCCGGAUGGGAGAGGGGCGGACGCAUUCCGAAAACCCCACAACGGAGUCUUUUUAAGAGGUUUUGGCCGCGAUACAAUAGCGAUUGUUCUGAACGCAUACACUGAAGACCAGCAGAAGAAAAUGACCAGCGAAGUUGAACCCGAGGAGCCAGAGCUUUGUGGCGUUGCUCCGGAGGUUCCUGCAGCUGCAGCCCAGAGCGCGAGCGGCUCGGCCGAGGCUGGAACCUUACUGGAAGUGACUUUCCAGAGGAACCCCAGUCAAAAAUACAAAUACCUGGAGGCAGAACCCAAGAUUUUAGGGGUGACAGAGAUCGCGAUGACUGUCUUCUUCGUUGUUUGCAGAAUUCCGUUUUAUGUAGGACUAUCUGAAUUCAUUGUAAACAGCUUCAUGCUGGCGAUUUCAUGUGUUGGCAUUAUUUCUGGCAGUGUGGCCAUAGCAGCGCAGAAACUUCACCUGCCAACACUCAAGGCUUGUUUGGGAAUGCAGGUGGUCACAUGUGUGGCAUAUACCAUCUGUCUUCUGGAAACAGUUGUUGAGCCAUAUUCACACAUCAUUGGCUGCUGGCAUCACUAUAAUGACAGCGAGAUAACACAUGACACAUGUAUACAAUUAGAGAAGGGAUUUCAUCUACUGUAUGCAUUAGAUCAGCUCACGGAGGUGACUCAGAUUGUCCUCUCCAUCACAAUAGCUGCAUACUGCUGCAAGGUGAUUCCUUGCUGCACUCCCAGAUCUCAUGUGCCUGUCAUCGUUAUGACGCCACCUACGGCUGCGCAAUGAAAGUGGGAGUGUGUGCAUCUAAAAAGACUAAUAAUACUAAUAAAACUCAAUCUUAGAACACAUUAUUAAAUACUAAUACAUUAUACCAUAGUCAAACAUAUCACUAAUAUAUCUCUAUACAAAUAUUUUGAGCGCAUGUAAACAUCUU